AUGGGCUCCUGCAUAUACAAGAUUGAGCACUUGGAAAAGGUUUUGCCUGAAAUGGAAGGAAGGCGGGAUGUGCGUUUCAAGGAAGAAGUCAGUGCACUCUCGGCCAAGCUGGGCUUCCUCACAAGACGACUUGAUGAAGCAGAGAAGUUUGAAUGGAAAGGAACAAUCCAGAGGAUGCAGACGCUGUCCCUGGCCAAAUACCAGUUAGUGGUCUGUGUCCAGCUUCUCAUGCUUAUCCUGGACUUUGUUGUCAACCUAUUUGCUGAGCAUCUUGGUUACCGGAAUGUUCACUUCCUCAUCAUGUACAUGUAA